AUGGCUUCCUUCUGCCUCCAAAUGCUCUUAAGUGGCGGGGACCCCGGGGCUGUGUUCCCACCAGUCUUUGCGUCUUUCCGCUCCCACCUUGCUGACUACUCCCGGGAACUGGGCUCCGGGCAGGCACAGCUGAUCACAUUCAUGGAGGCCACCCUGUGUCCGCACUUCGGGCAUGGGCCGCCCGGCGGCAAACAGUGUCACAGGCCACCUCUCAGUGUCUCAGGGGUGGGCACCCUCAGAUUCGCAGACCGCUUCUGCGGGCCCGGCAUCGACAUCCGCAAUGACUACCAGCAGCUGAGGCGCCUGGAGAACUGCACGGUGAUCGAGGGCUACCUGCACAUCCUGCUCAUCUCCAAGGCCGAGGACUACCGCAGCUACCGCUUCCCCAAGCUCACGGUCAUCACCGAGUACCUGCUGCUGUUCCGCGUGGCUGGCCUCGAGAGCCUGGGCGACCUGUUCCCCAACCUCACGGUCAUCCGGGGCUGGAAACUCUUCUACAACUACGCCCUGGUCAUCUUCGAGAUGACCAAUCUCAAGGAUAUUGGGCUUUACAACCUGAGGAACAUAACUCGGGGGGCCAUCAGGAUUGAGAAAAAUGCUGAUCUCUGUUACCUCUCCACGGUGGACUGGUCGCUGAUCUUGGACGCAGUGUCCAACAACUACAUCGUGGGGAACAAGCCCCAGAAGGAGUGCGGGGACCUGUGCCCGGGGACAAUGGAGGAGAAGCCGGUGUGUGAGAAGACCACCAUCAACAACGAGUACAACUACCGCUGCUGGACCACAAACCGCUGCCAGAAAAUGUGCCCGAGCGUGUGCGGGAAGCGGGCGUGCACCGAGACCAACGAGUGCUGCCACCCCGAGUGCCUGGGCAGCUGCAGCGCGCCCGACAACGACACGGCCUGCGUGGCCUGCCGCCACUACUACCACGCCGGCGUCUGCGUGCCCAGGUGCCCCCCCAGAACCUACCGCUUCGAGGGCUGGCGCUGCGUGGACCGCGACUUCUGUGCCAACAUCCCCAGCGCCGAGGGCAGCGACUCGGAGGGCUUCGUGAUCCAUGACGGCGAGUGCAUGCAGGAGUGCCCCUCGGGGUUCAUCCGCAACGGCACGCAGAGCAUGUACUGCAUCCCUUGCGAAGGUCCUUGCCCCAAAGUCUGUGAAGAAGAGAAGAAGACAAAGACCAUCGAUUCUGUGACUUCUGCUCAGAUGCUGCAAGGGUGCACCAUCCUGAAAGGCAACUUGCUCAUUAAUAUCCGACGAGGCAAUAACAUUGCCUCGGAGCUGGAGAACUUCAUGGGACUCAUCGAGGUGGUGACGGGCUACGUGAAGAUCCGCCACUCCCAUGCCUUGGUCUCCUUGUCCUUCCUCAAAAACCUUCGGCAGAUCCUAGGAGAGGAGCAGCUGGAGGGGAAUUACUCCUUCUACGUCCUGGACAACCAGAACCUGCAGCAGCUGUGGGACUGGGACCACCGCAACCUGACCAUCAAAGCCGGCAAGAUGUACUUCGCCUUCAACCCCAAACUCUGCGUCUCUGAAAUCUACCGCAUGGAGGAGGUGACCGGGACUAAAGGCCGCCAGAGCAAAGGGGACAUCAACACCAGGAACAACGGCGAGAGAGCCUCCUGUGAGAGCGACGUCCUGCACUUCACCUCCACCACCACGUGGAAGAACCGCAUCAUCAUCACCUGGCACCGGUACCGACCCCCGGACUACAGGGACCUCAUCAGCUUCACCGUCUACUACAAGGAAGCACCCUUUAAAAACGUCACGGAGUAUGACGGGCAGGAUGCCUGCGGCUCCAACAGCUGGAAUAUGGUGGACGUGGACCUCCCUCCCAACAAGGACAGCGAGCCCGGCAUCCUGCUGCACGGGCUGAAGCCCUGGACGCAGUAUGCUGUUUACGUCAAGGCCGUGACCCUGACCAUGGUGGAGAAUGACCACAUCCGAGGGGCCAAGAGUGAAAUCCUGUACAUUCGCACCAAUGCUUCAGUGCCUUCCAUCCCCCUGGACGUUCUCUCGGCGUCAAACUCCUCUUCCCAGCUGAUUGUGAAGUGGAACCCACCCUCUCUGCCCAACGGCAACCUGAGUUACUACAUUGUGAGGUGGCAGCGGCAGCCGCAAGACAGCUACCUCUACCAGCACAACUACUGCUCCAAAGACAAAAUCCCCAUCAGGAAGUAUGCCGAUGGCACCAUUGAUGUGGAAGAGGUGACGGAGAACCCCAAGACUGAAGUGUGCGGUGGAGAGAAAGGGCCUUGCUGCGCGUGCCCCAAGACGGAAGCCGAGAAGCAGGCGGAGAAGGAGGAGGCGGAAUACCGCAAGGUCUUUGAGAACUUCCUGCACAACUCCAUCUUUGUGCCCAGACCUGAAAGGAAGCGGAGAGACGUCAUGCAAGUGGCCAACACCACCAUGUCCAGCCGAAGUCGGAACACCACUGUGGUGGACUCCUACAAUGUCACAGACCCAGAGGAGCUUGAGACUGAAUACCCUUUCUUUGAGAGCAGGGUGGAUAACAAGGAGAGAACUGUCAUUUCCAACCUGCGACCUUUCACCCUGUACCGCAUUGACAUCCACAGCUGUAACCAUGAGGCUGAGAAGCUGGGCUGCAGUGCCUCCAACUUUGUCUUUGCAAGAACCAUGCCUGCAGAGGGAGCAGAUGACAUUCCUGGACCGGUGACCUGGGAGCCAAAGCCUGAAAACUCCAUCUUUUUAAAGUGGCCAGAACCUGAGAACCCCAAUGGGUUGAUUCUGAUGUAUGAGAUAAAAUACGGAUCUCAAAUAGAGGAUCAGCGGGAGUGUGUGUCCCGGCAGGAGUACAGGAAGUACGGAGGGGCCAGGCUGAAUCGCCUCAACCCGGGAAACUACACGGCCCGGAUCCAGGCCACCUCGCUUUCUGGGAACGGGUCGUGGACGGAUCCUGUGUUCUUCUACGUCCCCGCCAAGCCAACCUAUGAAAAUUUCAUCCACCUGAUCAUCGCCCUGCCUGUAGCUGUCCUGCUGAUCGUGGGCGGGCUGGUGAUAAUGUUGUACGUCUUCCACAGGAAACGAAAUAACAGCAGGCUGGGGAAUGGGGUGCUGUAUGCCUCUGUGAACCCGGAGUACUUCAGCGCUGCCGAUGUGUACGUGCCGGAUGAGUGGGAGGUGGCUCGUGAGAAGAUCACCAUGAGCCGAGAGCUGGGCCAGGGCUCCUUCGGGAUGGUCUAUGAAGGCGUGGCCAAGGGUGUGGUUAAAGAUGAGCCGGAAACCCGGGUGGCCAUCAAAACGGUGAACGAAGCCGCGAGCAUGCGUGAGAGGAUCGAGUUUCUCAACGAGGCUUCGGUGAUGAAGGAGUUCAACUGCCACCACGUGGUGCGGCUGUUGGGCGUGGUGUCCCAGGGCCAGCCCACGCUGGUCAUCAUGGAGCUGAUGACGCGGGGGGACCUCAAAAGCUAUCUCCGGUCUCUGAGGCCAGAAAUGGAGAACAAUCCCGUGCUAGCACCUCCAAGCCUGAGCAAGAUGAUCCAGAUGGCCGGAGAGAUCGCAGAUGGCAUGGCGUACCUCAACGCCAACAAGUUUGUCCACAGAGACCUUGCUGCCCGGAACUGCAUGGUGGCCGAAGAUUUCACAGUCAAAAUCGGAGACUUUGGCAUGACGAGAGACAUCUAUGAGACAGACUAUUACCGGAAAGGAGGGAAAGGCCUGCUGCCGGUGCGCUGGAUGUCCCCCGAGUCCCUCAAGGACGGCGUCUUCACCACUCACUCUGAUGUCUGGUCCUUCGGGGUCGUCCUCUGGGAGAUCGCCACACUGGCCGAGCAGCCGUACCAGGGCCUGUCCAACGAGCAGGUCCUUCGCUUCGUCAUGGAGGGCGGCCUUCUGGACAAGCCAGACAACUGCCCCGACAUGCUGUUUGAGCUGAUGCGUAUGUGCUGGCAGUACAACCCCAAGAUGAGGCCUUCCUUCCUGGAGAUCAUCAGCAGCAUCAAAGAGGAGAUGGAGCCCGGCUUCCGGGAGGUCUCCUUCUACUACAGCGAGGAGAACAAGCCGCCCGAGCCCGAGGAGCUGGAGCUGGAGCUGGAGCCCGAGAACAUGGAGAGCGUCCCCCUGGACCCUUCCGCCUCUGCCGCCUCGCUGCCGCUGCCUGACAGACACUCAGGACACAAGGCCGAGAACGGCCCGGGCCCUGGCGUGCUGGUCCUGCGAGCCAGCUUCGACGAGAGGCAGCCUUACGCCCACAUGAACGGGGGGCGCAAGAACGAGCGGGCCCUGCCUCUGCCCCAGUCUUCGACCUGCUGAUCCGGGACCCCAGGACCCCGGCCCCACGCAAACAGUAACGGCGUGCACGCUCGGCGGUGGGGGGAGGGGAGAGUCUUAACAAUCUAUCCACAGCCUCCUGUACCUCAGUGGAUCUUCAGAACUGCCAUGGCUGCCACGGAAGACAGCUUCUCUGCAGUAAACACAUUUGGGAUGUUCCUUUUUUCAAUAUGCAAGCAGCUUUUUAUUUCUCUACCCAAACCCUUAACUGACAUGGGCCUUUAAGAAUCUUAAGGACAACACUUAAUAGCAACGGAACACUUGAGAAAUCAAGUCUCUCUCCUCAGUCUCCCGCUCAUCUCUCUCAUCUCUCCCUCCCUCUCUCUCUCUCUUUCUCUCCCUCCCUCCUCCUCUUCCCUCUCUCCCUUCCUCUCUCUGCUUCAUAAUGGAAAAACAUUUGCCGCCAGCCCACCUGGGACGCCCCUGUUACAGCUCGAGAUGGCAGUCCCUCCCCGUCGCCCCUCAUUGCCCCCCCACGAACACCUGUCUGUCACCGUAGGUCUUUAUAAAAAACCCAUUGGGACAGGAUUUUUUUAACUGUACCUUUAGCCUUUUUAGGGACAUACAGAAUUUUAAAAGGGCCAUCGUUCAUCCAAGGUUGUCACCAUUUUAACGCUGCCAAAUUGCGCCCAAACCCUGAACUUUCUCUUCGCUCCCUGCCCUGAUUUCCCCGUUCCCAGAGGCCUGGGCCAGGCAGGGUCGGGGCCCUCGGCUAAGGCAGGCUGCUGACGCCCGGCGUGUUUCUGAGUCUCAGGCUCACACCGGUCUAGUUGCUUGUGGCGAGGUUAUGAUGGGGGCCUGGACGGCACAGGACCUGCUCUCAGAGAAGAUGAGGAGGAGCUGAGCUGGCUUCCUGCCCACUUCCUCACCCCCCACCUGGCAGCCCCCAGGAAUUCUGGAGAGAACAGCCCCCCCCCCCCAGGGCCUGGAAGACAGGCUGUGUGUGAAGGUCGCCCACAUGCCUCCUGUCCCCACCCCAGGUCCCAACCCGGCCUCCAAGGACACAGAAGGGAAGGGGUCCCCAGGGAUUCAGCCCAGCCGUUCAUGCAGGUUUGCAAGGAAAGAAAUUCCACCACCACCACAGCCGUGGGAAGAAAAGCAGUAAAUGGAUUCAAGCAUUCUAAGCUUCGUUGGCAUUUUCUCUGUUCCUAGGACUUCUUCAUGGGUCUCACAGUUCUAUGUUAGACCAUGAAACCUUUGCAUACACAUCGUCUUUAAUGUCACUUUUAUAACUUUUUUACGGUUCAGAUAUUCAUCUAUACGUCUGUACAGAAAAAAAAAAGCUGCUAUUUUUUUUUGUUCUUUAUCUUUGUGGAUUUAAUCUAUGAAAACCUUCAGGUCUACCCUUCUUCCCUUUCCGCUCACUCCAAGAAACUUCUUAUGCUUUGUACUACAGUGUGUGACUUUCUUCCUCUUUUCCCAGUCAUUGAGACUUCUAGGACAUAAUUUGCCAUGAACUGUUUGAUGCCUUUUGAUAAACACAUCCCCGCCCCCCGCAC